AUGAGCGUUCCCCCAGCUCCAUCAUUCCUGUCUGGACUUUGGCUGUCUGUCAUCAGCCCCACGCAGCCAGAAGCUCCAGCUGUCAACAGUGCCGAGUGCGGGAUCGACUUGGCUAUGAUGAGCUCCGACAGCACAAGAGGUGAGUAUACGGUCAUUAAUGAAGCCUGCCCUGGAGCUGAAUGGAACAUCAUGUGCCGAGAGUGUUGUGAAUAUGAUCAGAUUGAGUGUGUCUGCCCUGGGAGGAAGGAAGUCGUGGGUUAUACCAUCCCCUGCUGUCGGAACGAGGAGAAUGAGUGUGACUCUUGUCUGAUCCACCCAGGUUGUACCAUCUUUGACAACUGCAAGACGUGCCGAAAUGGCUCAUGGGGAGGCACUCUGGAUGACUUUUACGUGAAGGGGAUCUACUGUGCUGAGUGCCGAGCGGGCUGGUAUGGAGGAGACUGCAUGCGUUGUGGCCAGGUUCUGCAAGCUCCAAAGGGCCAGAUUUUGUUGGAGAGUUACCCGCUAAAUGCUCAUUGCGAAUGGACCAUUCAUGCCAAACCUGGGUUUAACAUCCAACUAAGGUUUGUCAUGCUGAGCCUGGAGUUUGACUACAUGUGCCAGUAUGACUAUGUCGAGGUCCGUGAUGGGGACAACAGUGAUGGCCAGAUCAUCAAGCGUUUCUGUGGUAACGACCGGCCAGCUCCCAUCCAGAGCACGGGCCCCUCACUCCACGUCCUCUUCCAUUCGGAUGGCUCUAAGAACUUUGAUGGUUUCCAUGCUAUUUUUGAGGAGAUCACAGCACUCAGCAAGCAGAAACUGCAGGGUGUCCCUACCAAGAAGCCACUUCUUCCCUUUGGAGACCUGCCUGCCGGGUACCAACAUCUGCACACCCAGCUCCAGUACGAAUGCAUCUCUCCCUUCUACCGCCGCCUGGGCAGCAGUCGGAGGACCUGUCUGAAGACUGGGAAGUGGAGUGGGCGGGCUCCGUCUUGCAUCCCUAUCUGUGGGAAAAUUGAGAACAUCACUGCUUCCAAGACCCAGGGCACGCGCUGGCCAUGGCAAGCGGCCAUCUACAGGAGGACCAGCGGGGUGCACGGGGGCAGUCUGCACAAGGGUGCCUGGUUCCUGGUGUGCAGUGGUGCGUUGGUGAAUGAGCGCACGGUGGUAGUUGCUGCCCACUGUGUCACUGACCUGGGGAAAGUCACUGUGAUCAAGACAGCUGACCUCAAAGUUGUCCUGGGAAAAUUCUACAGGGAUGAUGACCGGGAUGAGAAGACAAUCCAGAAUUUGAGGAUUUCUGCUGUCAUUUUACAUCCCAACUAUGAUCCCAUCCUGCUGGACUCUGACAUGGCCAUCCUGAAACUCCUGGACAAGGCUCGCAUCAGCACCCGAGUGCAGCCCAUCUGCCUAGCAGCUACUCGUGACCUCACCACCUCCUUUCAGGAGUCCCACAUCACCGUGGCUGGCUGGAACAUCCUGGCUGAUGUGAGGACCCCCGGCUUCAAGAAUGACUCACUGCAUUCAGGGGUGGUCAGUGUGGUGGACUCACUGUUGUGUGAGGAGCAGCAUGAAGACCAUGGCAUCCCAGUGAGUGUCACAGAUAACAUGUUCUGUGCCAGCCAGGACCCCACCGCUCCUUCUGACAUCUGCCUGGCAGAGACAGGGGGCAUCGCAGCACUGUCCUUCCCGGGACGGGCAUCGCCUGAACCUCGCUGGCACCUGGUGGGACUGGUCAGCUGGAGUUAUGAUAAAACAUGCAGCCGUAGCCUCUACACAGCCUUCACCAAGGUGCUGCCUUUUAAAGACUGGAUCGAGCGAAACAUGAAAUGA